GAUAAAUUGGACUAUUGCCUUGCCCGAGAAUUCAGAUUUCAUUUCAGUAUCUGAAAUUGUCGUUUCUAUAUGUUCGUCACCAAUUAGACUCCCCAAAAAACCGUUAAACAUCUGAACGUAGAAACAGAGGAACGCCUGAGAAAUCUCCUUAUAAAUAAAUAAAUAAACAAAUAAAAACUCUGUUUCAUAUUAGUUCUUUUUCUCCCCAUCCUCGUUCUUCUUUCGCCUUGUCUGUUUUUUCUUAUUUUAUUUUAUUUUAUUUCUUUUGUCGUGUCGGGUGGGAUUUUGCGUCGUAUUGUUUGAAGUUUGAAGGAAGAUGAAAUUUUGCAAGAAAUAUCAGGCGUACAUGGAAGGACAAGAGAAAAAACUACCUGGGGUUGGGUUCAAGAAGCUCAAGAAGAUCUUAAAGAAGUGUCGGAGAGAUUUACACUCACAGAACGACGUUAAUGGUGUUCUUCAUGACCAACCCUGCCCUCACAAUUGUGCAGUUUGUGAUGGAACUUUCUUUCCUUCACUUCUAAAGGAAAUGUCAGCAGUGGUGGGUUGCUUCAAUGAGCGUGCACAGAAACUGCUUGAGCUGCAUUUGGCUUCUGGUUUCAGAAAGUAUUUUUUCUGGUUCAAAGGCAAGCUACAAGGUAACCAUGUUGCCUUAAUUCAAGAAGGCAAGGACCUAGUUACUUAUGCACUUAUCAACGCCAUUGCCAUGCGUAAAAUACUAAAGAAAUAUGAUAAGGUUCAUGACUCCAAGCAAGGACAAGCAUUCAAGUCGCAAGCUCAAAGCAUGCACAUCGAGAUCCUUCAGAGUCCAUGGCUUUGUGAACUAAUGGCUUUCCACAUCAAUUUGAGAGAAAUCAAGGUGAAAUCAAGAAGGACAUCUGUGUUAUUUGAUGGAUGUUCACUCACCUUUACUGAUGGUAAACCAUCUCUCACUUGCGAGCUCUUUGAUUCUGUCAAGCUUGAUAUUGACUUGACUUGUUCCAUAUGCUUGGACAUAGUUUUUGAUCCGGUUGCUCUCACAUGUGGUCAUAUUUUCUGCUACAUGUGUGCUUGUUCAUCUGCUUCGGUGACGAUCGUAGAUGGACUAAAGUCCGCAGAGCCUAAAGCAAAAUGCCCUCUCUGUAGAGAGGUAAGAGUUUAUGAAGGCAGUGUACACUUGGAGGAGCUUAGCAUUCUAUUAAGCCGAAGCUGCCGUGAAUACUGGGAGGAGAGGCUUAAAACAGAAAGAGUUGAGAGAGUUCGACAAGCAAAGGAACAUUGGGAAUCGCAAUGUCGGGCUUUCAUGGGUGUCUAAUUGAUCACACAACUCUCUCUUUUUAUUUCAUGUUGGACCAAACUUUUGGUGCAUGAAUCAAAAUGGAGCAUUUCUUUUAGUGGGGGGAAACACUGGUAACAGUUUUUAGUUGGAGAAAGAGUCGCACUACUUUCUGGACCAUUCAAUUAUGCAACUUGCAAGGAUGACAA